UCUGGAGUGGAGAAAAAAGGAGGAGGGAGCAAAGCAGCGGGAUCAGGUCCAGAACUGAUUUUUAGCCUGCGCGGUGUCCACACACGCACCCGUCUACCAAACACGCGCGUGUAUGCCUAUGUACAUAUCUGUACUUUAUCAAUAACUGGAAAACGGUGAGCUUUAUUACAACAGCGGAGCUGGCAGGAUAACAGGAGGACGGCAUGGGGGAGCACACGGCGUUGUUACUGUUACUGUUGGCGACCUUGACGCUUUCAUCCGAGGUGCCUGCAGAUGACUCUGUGGGUUUGCUAACGGAGCCCCAGGUGGCCAUGUUCUGCGGAAAGCUCAACAUGCACAUAAAUGUGCAAACUGGCAAAUGGGAGCCUGACCCUUCAGGCUCCAAGAGCUGCAUUGGCACCAAGGAGGGCAUCCUGCAGUACUGCCAAGAGGUAUAUCCAGACCUGCACAUCACAAAUGUGGUGGAAGCCAACCAGCCAGUGAGUAUCCAGAACUGGAGCAAGAAAGGUCGAAAGCAGUACGGCAGUCACACUCACAUCGUGGUGCCCUACCGCUGCCUGGUUGGAGAGUUUGUCAGCGAUGCUUUGCUUGUUCCUGACAAGUGUAAGUUCUUGCACCAGGAACGCAUGGACCAGUGUGAGAGCCACCUACACUGGCACACUGUUGCCAAAGAGUCCUGUGGUGACCGCACAAUGAAUCUCCAUGACUACGGGAUGCUGUUGCCAUGUGGCAUCGACCGUUUCCGAGGAGUCGAGUUCGUCUGCUGCCCAGCAGUGGCUGAACGAGGCACGGACAGCACAGAGCAGGACACGCAGGAGUCAGACGUGUGGUGGGGUGCAGCUGAAACGGAAUACGUCGAUAACAGCAUGUCACAUCCGGCAGACACAGAGCCCACGACCACGGAGGAUGACGAAGACGAGGAUAAACAGAUAGAAACGUUGGAAGUGGACGAAAACGGUGACGGGGAAGAGGAUGAAGAGGACACAGAGGAAGAAGAGGAAAUGACAGAUGAGCGGGACAGUGACGAGCGUAAUUCCAACAUUGCCAUGACAACCACCACCACCACAACCACUGAGUCGGUUGAAGAAGUUGUCCGAGCUGUAUGUUGGGCUCGUGCUGAGUCAGGCCCUUGUCAUGAGAUGCUGGAGCGAUGGUACUUCGCACCUAAAAAGGGCCGCUGUGUUCCCUUCUUGUUUGGGGGAUGUGGGGGCAACAGGAAUAACUUUGGCUCAGAGGAAUACUGUAUGGCUGUCUGCAGCAGCUCGCUGCCCACCAUGGCCCCUAGUCCUCCUGAUGCUGUGGACCAAUAUCUUGAAUCUCCGGGUGACGACGGUGAGCACGCUGACUUCCAAAAGGCUAAAGAAAGCCUGGAGGCUAAACACCGUGAAAAGAUGUCUCAGGUGAUGAGGGAGUGGGAGGAGGCUGAGAGACAGGCGAAGAACCUCCCUCGUGCUAAUAAGAAAGCUGUCAUUCAGCACUUCCAGGAGAAGGUGGAGGCUCUGGAGCAGGAAGCAGCAGGAGAGAGGCAGCAGCUAGUGGAAACUCACAUGGCUCGUGUAGAGGCUCUGCUCAACAGCCGGCGACGCCAGGCUAGGGAAAAUUACCUCGGUGCCCUGCAGGCCAAUCCCCCACGGGCCCGUCAGGUGUUGAGUCUCCUGAAGAAGUAUGUCCGUGCAGAACAGAAGGACAGACAGCACACACUCAAACAUUAUGAGCAUGUCCGCACAGUUGAUCCCAAGAAAGCAGCACAGAUCCGACCUCAGGUUUUGACCCAUUUACAGGUGAUAGAUGAGAGGAUGAAUCAGUCAUUAGGUCUGCUCUACAAAGUGCCCUCUGUGGCAAACCAGAUCCAGAACCAAGUCUCGAUCAUAGUGCAGAGAGUUCAGUCGGAGCUGUCUCAGCAAGUAUCGUCUCUGCAGAGCGAUGGGCGGGUGGACGGCAGAGUGAGUUACGGUAACGAUGCUCUGAUGCCAGAUCAGGCCUACAGUUCUGCUCCUAUGGACCCUGGCCUGGAUGGAUUUGGCUUCAUUCACCCUGAGAGCUUUAACCAGCCCAACACAGAGAACCACGUUGAACCUGUUGAUGCACGUCCUAAUCCAGACAGGGGACUGCCCACAAGACCUGUAUCUGCCCUGAAGCCAGAUGAGAUGCCUAAUGUUCGUAUGGAGACAGAAGAAAGACAGAAUGCUGGUUAUGAAGUCUACCAUCAGAAGCUGGUAUUUUUUGCUGAGGAUGUCGGUUCUAACAAAGGUGCCAUUAUUGGGCUAAUGGUCGGAGGUGUUGUCAUAGCAACUGUUAUUGUCAUUACCUUGGUGAUGCUGAGAAAAAAACAGUACACAUCUAUUCACCAUGGUGUAGUUGAGGUCGAUGCAGCUGUGACACCAGAGGAGCGCCACCUGGCCAGAAUGCAGCAGAAUGGCUAUGAGAACCCCACCUACAAGUUCUUCGAGCAAAUGCAGAAUUGAAAAACCUGGUCCAUGCUUUUCUUCCCUGGCCAGUUUCAACUACAACACUCCCACCAGUCCAAGGGUACUGUGGGCUCUGGUCCUGUGCAGACAUCCUCCACACCUUCAGUCACACACCGUGCCAAGAGCAGGAGUGAGGUUGAAGGUUUGGAGCUGAAAUCACAACUCACUCAGUACGUUUACACACACAGCCGAGCUGAAGUUAGCCUGCUUGACACUUUGAACUUUAAACUAUGGUCGAUGACUGACAAUUCAAUUGUGCCAUAACUGACGGACGGGCAGAACAUCAUGAUGGUAACCAGUCUCAUAACCAGUCUGACCAGUUCUCUAGAUUGAUGUGAUGUUAUCUAAAGGUGCAGGACAAUGGUACAAGCCACAGACACAGCAGCAUCUAAACAGGUUUUUAUGUGGAGUGUAGUACAAUGUGAGACUAAUAAAACGCAUACAUAAACACACACACACACGCACGUGGAUAUGUAUCUAAGCAUCUAGUGAAGUCAAGAUGAACUAAACAACUAUUAGCUGUGUAUGUGUGAGUCAUCUUUAUGGAAGUUGUGGUUAGAGCCGCAGCCAAAUAUUUUAUUAAACUUUUAUUCAAAGGUGAACAUCUUAUUUAAUGUAAACGUACUGUGUGAGAAGUUUUAGCCAAAGGAACCUGCCAUUGAUGGAACAGAGCCCCCCUUAUCCCCUGACUGUGCAGAUUAACACUCCCUCCCACUGUUCACUGAAUUUUGUAAGACAGAGGACUCUUGUUUAAAACCAUCAAGCUAGCCCAGCUUCCCAGAACAAAAAUGCCAGUACUAUAGUUUGUACCAAACGACGCCCAUCAACCACCCAGUUGGAUAUUUAUAUAGAAACACUAUAAAAGUGCUGCCACAGCUGAGACGUGCACAAACCAGGGCCCAACAUUAAUCUAGCUGUUGCUUUAUUUUCCCCCAUCCUUCCCCUAAAAACUCAGAUGACAGCUGUGCUGUUCAAUGACAUAACAGCUCUUAGUGCCGGCAACAGUAGAAGGAGGCGGGGCUCUCAGAGAGCCUCUCCUGGAGUGUUUCAGGUUGAGUUUUUUUCCAAGAAAAAAAAAUUAAAUAAAUAUAAAAAAGAAGAAAAAUAUACAUAAUCAAACAUGAAAAGAUAAAAAAACAAAUAUUUUGGGUUCUGAUUUUUGUUUUUAUUUGUAACAUAUUACACCAGAGAUUAGCUGUAAGUAUAUGUAGUGCAUGGCCAUAUUGAUGACAGAUACAGUUUACCUGUACGUCCCAGGUCCUCUCAGUAGAUAUUUCGUAGCAGGAUCGUACAUACGUAGCGUCUCCGCUGUGAUCUUGUGACAUGAGGAACAAAGGGUAUUCAGAACCCGGUCUGCUUUUUGUGCUCACACAGACUUGCUUUAACUGAAUCCUAGCUCCUUCAAGCUCAGCCCCCACCCACCCUGCUUCACUGGUUGUGUUAGCUGCAUGGGCCAAAACAAUGCUCUCUUAUAACUGUAUGUAAUAUAUGAAGUGUAAUAGCAUCCGAAAGGAAGACAAUUGUGUUACUGUUUGCGUUCUAUGCACUCUGUCAUUUUUUUUAAGUCUGAUUAUCAUUAUUAUGACUAUAAUUAUAAACAGAUACUGUUGCUGUUAAGUCCCUGAGAGCAAUUCACUCUGUCGCUGCACAACUGUUAUUUUUUUAUUAUUAUGAGUGUGUAUCAUUCCAAAGUUUUUUUUCAUUCCACCAUCUUUUUGGAUUGUAAAUAUUUGGAAGAUGGAGUUCUCACUUUUCACACUCUGUCUUUCUGAUCGUCUUGUCUUUCUGGCUUCGUCCACAUUGUUGUACAGUCCAUUUGUUAACAUCUGUGUGAGAGAAUUUGACUUUAAAAAAAAAACGGUGAGAUUUUCAAAUCAUCCAUUUUAUAGGUGGUCCAAACGUUAACAUUUGUUCACCACACCGUGCUAACAUUAUAUAUUUUUCUACAUUUAACUGUGUGAACAUGUGCAUCUGCUCGUCCUGUAGUGGAAACGUUGUCUGUUGUCUGUAUUUGUCCCUGAGAACCAGUCCUCACCCAGAGGUAGAGGACUGUUGGAGGAUGACAUCACAGUUCACCGUCACCCUCAUCAUCAUCCUACCACUCACCCAAUUUGUUUUGACCAGGUUGCAAAUAUCACAAAUGUGACUGAUUAUUGUGCAUUUGUAACAGAGAUAUACAACACAUAUCACCUCUACACACCACAGUCCGCACGUGUACAGAAAAACCAAGUGAAGCCCUUAUUCAGGUGAAUGUCAAACAUUUGUAUCGAUGCUCAGUUUGGGUGGCCUCAAAGGAUUGUGACAAAAAAAAUGUGCUUUUCUUUUCCUUCUUGACUCAGUGACCUUUUGUCUGUGUGUAGUUUAAUGAACCAUAUGCUUAGAUUAAGAGAAAGCUUUCUACACUCACUAUACCAUGAAUAAAAUUUUGAAUGUACAUA